AUGUCUGUUUGUAGUCCACCAACAGACGUUGUUAAUCCGCAGAUGGGUUUCAUGUUUUUGUGCAGAACGAAAGCAUUUCGUCAUGGAACUUCUCUUCAUGCCGUCGUCAUUAAGACUGGCAGGCUCAGUAUUAUUACCUCAAAUCACAUUCUUAAUAUGUAUGCAAAAUGUGGGAAACUUGGCCUUGCACAACAAAUUUUUGAAGAAAUGACUGAAAGAAAUAUCGUCACCUGGUCAGCCUUAAUCUCUGGAAACGACCAAGCUGGAAAUCCUUUGGCAGCAGUUAACAUUUUUAUGAAAAUGAGAUCUGAACUGCUGCCAAAUGAGUUUAUUUUCGCGAGUGUUCUAAAUUCCUGUGCCAGCCUCCAAAUGAGAAGACUUGGGCAAGAAAUUCAUGCUCUGUCAUUGAAAUCUGGCUGUUAUGAUAUUUCAUUUGUUUCAAAUUCAUUGAUGUCAUUGUACAUGAAACUCGGUGACUGUAGUGAUGCCAUAUCAGUUUUUACCGAAGCAUCUGUUCUUAGUACAGUAUCAUAUAAUUCUUUGAUUACCGGGCUGGUAGAUAAUGGGCAACCAGACGAAGGGUUUCAAAUGUUUAAAGUCAUGUGUAGAGCGGGAUUAAUGCCUGACUGCUUUACUUUCUUGGGAGUCUUGGGAACUUGUGUUGAUUUAGAUGAUUUAUGGAGGGGAUUGCAACUACAUUGUCAAACAGUUAAGCUCAUGCUUGAUUCAGUGGCUGUGGUUGGCAACGUAUUGAUGACCAUGUAUACCAAGUUUAGUAUGAUAGAAACAGUUGAGAAGGUAUUUAGAUUGAUUCAGAAGAAAGAUGUCAUUUCAUGGAAUACGAUAAUUGCAUCUUUUUCUCAAUGUGGAGAACAUGUUAAAGCUCUGGCCGUAUUUAGGGAAAUGGAGAACGAAGUUUUGGUAAGACCUGAUGUGUACAGUUAUGCCAGUGUUCUUUCUGCAUCUGCUGGCUUAGCUUCCAUACGGCAUGGUAAGCAGAUUCAUGCUCAUUUAAUGAGAACAAGACCGUAUUUGGAUGCUGGUGUUGUGAAUGCUUUAGUAAAUAUGUAUGCCAAAUGUGGUUGCGUUGAAUAUGCAUAUAUCGUGUUCAUUCAAAUGGGUGGUUGUGAUGCCAUGUCAUGGAAUUCCAUUAUUGUUGGAUUUGCAAAUAACGGGCUGGGAGAAAGAGCAAUAGAAAUGUUUAACUGCAUGGUGGAAGCAGGGAUAAAGCCAGAUUCGAUAACAUUUCUCGGGCUUUUGACAGCUUGCAAUCAUGUUGGACUUGUGGACGCUGGCAAAGACUAUUUUAAUUUGAUGGAACCAGUAUAUUCGCUCAUGCCUGCUGUUGAACAUGUUUCAUGCCUCAUUGAUCUAUUAGGCAGGGCUGGGAGAUUGGUUGAAGCCGAAGAAUACGUGCAGAAAAAUCCAACAAUGGAGGACGACUCUGGAAUUCAGUCAACCUCAUUAUCGUCGUCAAUGGAUUCUCUCCUUUUGGAAGACUUCGGACAGAAGGUAGAUCUCACGCGCAGGAUUCGCGAAGUGCUUUCGAAUUACCCCGAGGGAACCACGGUGCUGAAAGAGCUCAUUCAGAACGCCGACGAUGCUGGCGCCACUAAAGUUUCUCUGUGCCUCGACCGCCGGCGCCACGGCACCCAGUCGUUGCUCUCUGAUAAACUCGGCCAGUGGCAGGGCCCGUCGUUGCUUGCCUACAAUGACGCCGUUUUUAAGGAGGAGGAUUUCGUCAGUAUCUCCAGGAUCGGGGGGAGUGCUAAGCACGGCCAGGUUUGGAAGACCGGUCGCUUUGGGGUUGGCUUCAAUUCGGUGUACCAUUUGACUGAUUUACCAUCUUUUACAAGUGGCAAAUAUGUGGUUAUAUUUGAUCCUCAAGGAGCUUACCUCCCAAAUGUGUCCAGUGCAAAUCCUGGAAAGAGAAUUGAUUUUGUUAGUUCUUCUGCCAUCUCCAUGUACAGAGACCAAUUUUUUCCAUACUGUGGUUUUGGUUGCAACAUGAAAAACCCUUUCCAUGGUACUUUAUUCCGUUUUCCUUUGAGGAAUGCAGAUCAGGCUGCUAAUAGUAAGCUUUCAAAACAAGCAUAUACAGAAGAAGACAUCACGGUGAUGUUCACCCAACUCUAUGAGGAAGGGGUUUUCUCACUGCUCUUUCUUAAAAGUGUUCUAUCAAUAGAAAUGUCUGUUUGGGAUGAUGGUUUUUCUGAGCCAAGGAAGAUGUACUCCUGCUCCAUCAACUCGGUCACUGAUGAUAUCAUUUGGUACCGCCAGGCACUAUUGAGAGUGUCUAAUUCAAUGAAAUCUGGUGACCAGCAAAUGGAUGCUUUCUCACUUGAAUUCUUGAGUGAGGCAGUGCAAGGGAGUCAUUCUCAGAAGAGAACUGAUACCUUCUAUAUAGUGCAAGCAAUGGCAUCGGCAUCAAGUAGGAUAGGUUCCUUUGCUGCAAAGGCAUCAAAGGAUUUUGACAUUCAUCUAUUACCCUGGGCAUCUAUUGCUGCCUGUGUGUCAGAUAAUUCAUUAAACGAUGAUGAUUCAAAAGUGGGUCAGGCAUUUUGUUUCCUCCCUUUACCUGUGAAAACUGGAUUUAAUGUGCAAAUCAAUGGAUAUUUUGAAGUGUCAUCUAAUCGUCGUGGGAUUUGGUAUGGAGCUGAUAUGGACAGAUCUGGAAGAAUUCGUUCCAUCUGGAAUAGGCUUCUCCUGGAGGAUGUUGUAGCCCCUUCUUUUGCUCAUCUACUGCAAGGAGUGCGGCAUAUACUUGGUCCAACAAGUUCCUACUAUUCAUUGUGGCCAACUGGUUCGUUUGAAGAGCCCUGGAGUAUUCUAGCUGGGCAGAUAUAUAGAUGUAUUAGAGAUUCUCCUGUCAUGUUUUCUGAGGCUCAAGGAGGGACAUGGGUUUCACCUGCUGAAGCUUAUCUUCUCGAUGUUGAGUUUCCAAAAAGUAAACAACUCAGUGAGGCUCUUGUGCAGCUUUGUAUGCCGGUGGUUCAUUUGCCAAAUAAACUAUUUAGCAUGAUCUUGAAUUCUGAUUCUGGCAUGCAGUACAGAGUGGUAACUCCUGAUUCAGUACGGCAGUACCUUAGGAAUGGCAGUUUUACCAGUGCAAUUGACAGAUCAUAUAAACUGAUGCUGUUGGAGUAUUGCCUUGAGGACCUGGUUGAUGAAGACGUGGGUUCCCUUGCAAUGAACUUACCUCUACUUCCUUUGGCAAAUGGUGGAUUUGGCUCAAUCAAUCAAGAUUCCAAGUCAAUGUCUUAUUUUAUAUGCAAUGAAUUGGAAUAUUUGCUCCUUCAACAAAUUUCAGAAAGAUUGAUCGAUAUUGAUAUCCCCCAAAACAUAUUAUCGAGAUUAUUAGCUAUUGCCAAGGCUUCAGGGGCCAAUCUAAGAGUGUUCUCUAUUGAUGAAUUUCUUCCAUUAUUUUCUAAAUUUGUACCUGCUGAAUGGAGAUAUCGCGAGGAAGUUAGCUGGGAUCCAUCUUCAAACUCAAAUCAUCCAACAACCUCAUGGUUUGUGCUGUUUUGGCGCUAUAUUCAGGAUCAACGUGUGAAGUUGUCCUCAUUUGCUGACUGGCCAAUACUGCCAUCACUCUCUGGGCAUCUUUAUCAACCAUCUAAGAAUACUAAAUUGUUGAUGGCCACCAAAUUGUCCGAGAAGAUGCAAAACAUUCUCUUAAAGAUAGGAUGCAAGAUACUAGAUACAAGUUAUGGCAUUGAGCACCAUGAUUUAUUUCAUUAUGUCUAUGAUGCUGAUGCUGUUGGUGUUUUGAACUCUAUAUUUGAUGUUUUUUCUUCAAACGAUAACAUUGAAGUAGAAUUCUCUCACUUGUUGGUAGCAGAAGACAGAGAUGUACUACGGCAUUUUUUGCUUGACCCAAAGUGGUAUAUUGGUAGCUCAAUGGAUGGAUCUGACAUUUUGAAUUGCAAGAGGCUCCCUAUUUAUAGGGUGUAUGGUGAAGGAUCUACUGCAGGUUACAAUUUUUCAAAUUUGCUAAAUCCACAGAAAUAUUUGCCCCCUCUGGACUCUCCGGAAUGCCUCCUGUCAAAUGAAUUUAUUUGUAGUCUGUCAAGUACAGAAGAGGAUGUCUUGAAUAGAUACCAUGAUAUCCGAAGAAUGGGAAAGGUACAAUUUUAUGAUCACCAUGUGCUUAAUAGGAUCCGGGAACUGGAAAUGGAUGUUCGUGAUGGCAUUAUGCUUUCAAUUCUGAGAGAGCUGCCGCAGUUGAGAAUCAUGGAUGCAUCUUUCAGGGAACGCCUUAAAAGUUUGGAAUUUGUUCCUACAUCAGGUGGUUCUUUGCGAAGUCCAGAUGUAUUAUAUGAUCCCAGGAAUGAGGAAUUAUAUGCCCUACUGGAUGAUUCUGAAAGCUUUCCCUGUGGUUCUUUUAUGGAAUCAGAUGUUUUAGAUAUGUUGCAAGGUUUGGGUCUUAGGACAACUGUGUCUGCUGACACAAUAAUACAAAGUGCUAGACGAGUUGAGAAGCUGAUGCAUGACAGCCCUGAAAAAGCUCAUUUUAAAGGUAAGAUGCUUCUUUCAUAUCUGGAAGUGAAUGCAAUGAGAUGGUUACCUGAAUCGACCAAGAACGACCAAGGAACUAUGCUAAGGAUGUUCUCAAGAGCUACUAGCACUUUUAAACGCCGGCCUGCCUUGUCUGACUUGGAAAAGUUUUGGAAUGAUCUCCGAAUGAUUUGCUGGUGCCCUGUUCUUGUUGCUUCUCCCUUCCAGUCACUACCGUGGCCUUCUGUCUCAUCCGCCAUUGCUCCCCCUAAGCUUGUGAGGCUGUACUCAGAUUUGUGGCUUGUUUCUGCUAGCAUGCGGAUACUGGAUGGGGAAUGCUCUUCCUCAACCUUAUCUCAUUGUCUUGGUUGGUCUUCUCCUCCUGGAGGCAGUGUAAUUGCUGCACAAUUGCUGGAGCUUGGAAAAAAUAAUGAGCUUGUUGUUGAUCCAGUGCUUCGGCAGGAACUUGCCUUAGCAAUGCCUAGAAUAUACUCAAUCUUGUGUGGCCUAAUUGGAACAGAUGAGAUGGACAUUGUAAAAGCUGUACUGGAAGGUAGUCGAUGGGUUUGGGUUGGAGAUGGCUUUGCAACCCCGGAUGAGGUUGUACUUGAUGGCCCUCUCCAUUUGGCUUCUUAUAUACGGAUAAUACCUAUUGACUUGGCAGUUUUUAAAGACUUAUUUUUGGAGCUCGGUGUUCGAGAAUCCUUGAAGUCUAAUGAUUAUGCUAAUAUUUUGUCUAGAAUGGCUACUAAAAGGGAGUCUUCCCCCUUAGAUCCACAAGAGAUCAGAGCUGCCAUCCUCAUAGCGCAGAAUCUAGCUGAUAGUCAGUUUUAUGAUGUUAAUGUUAAGAUCUAUCUGCCGGAUGUGUCAUGUCGACUAUUUAGUGCCACUGACUUGGUCUACAAUGAUGCGCCUUGGUUACUUGACUCAGAUGAUUCUGACAGCUCAACCACUAACUCCAAAAAUGUUCCUUUACAUGGAAAACAAAAUGUUCAAAAAUUUGUUCACAGGAAUAUCUCUAAUGAUGUAGCAGAAAAGCUUGGAGUGCAAUCCCUUAGGAGAAUGUUGCUUGCUGAGAGUGCCGACUCUAUGAAUUUGAGUUUGUCUGGAGCUGCUGAAGCAUUUGGACAGCAUGAGGCAUUAACAACCAGGCUCAGACAUAUACUUGAAAUGUAUGCUGAUGGUCCAGGAAUUCUUUUUGAGCUGGUGCAAAAUGCAGAAGAUGCAAGAGCUACUCAGGUGACUUUCUUGUUGGACAAAACUCAGUAUGGGACUUCUUCCCUUCUCUCUCCUGAAAUGGCAGAUUGGCAGGGCCCUGCUUUGUACUGUUUCAACGACUCUGUAUUCAGUCCUCAAGAUCUCUAUGCCAUUUCACGUAUUGGUCAAGAAAGUAAGCUGGAGAAGCCAUUUGCUAUUGGCAGGUUUGGACUGGGUUUCAACUCUGUAUACCACUUUACAGAUGUUCCAUCAUUUGUUUCAGGGGAAAAUAUUGUAAUGUUUGAUCCACAUGCCGCUAAUUUGCCAGGAAUAUCUCCUUCCCAUCCUGGUCUUCGAAUUAAGUUUAUUGGCAGAAGGAUUUUGGAACAGUUUCCUGAUCAAUUUUAUCCAUUUCUGCACUUUGGUUGUGAUAUGAGGCAGCCAUUUCCAGGCACUCUCUUUCGUUUUCCUCUAAGAAGUGCCAGCAGUGCUUCCAGGAGCCAAAUAAAGAAAGAACAAUAUGCACCUGAUGAUGUAUUGUCACUGUUUUCUUCUUUCUCAGAAGUUGUUUCUGAGACGUUGCUUUUUCUACACAAUGUUAAGAAAGUUUCAAUAUUCAUCAAGGAAGGUUCUGGUAGUGAAAUGCAACUACUGCACUGUGUUUGCAAGCAUCAUCUGAGUGAGCCUGAUGUUGAAAGCAGUUCUAGUCAACUUUUUGAUGCUAUGAAGGGUAAUAUUCAAAAUCAAAUUGAUCGAGAUCAGUUCUUUAACAAAUUGUAUAAAUCUAUUGGAACAGAAGUUCCAUGGAAGUAUCAGAAGAUUGUCAUUUCAGAACAGAACUCCUCCGGUUGCAGGUUGCAUUUGUGGUCAACUUGUGAAUGCUUUGUUAGGCAGAGAAAGAGGAACUCUUCAACCUUUGAUAGUUCUAAUAAGUAUGUAUCCUGGGCUUGUGUUGCAUCUAACCUACAGAGUGCAAAGAUUGACCAACUGCUGAAUGGAAAUUCCUCGGAUCAAGAUUUCUCUGCCUUUAUAACUGACAUGUUUCGGGUCCCAUUUAGUGCUGUGCAGGACAAAAAGAACUUUGAAGGGCGUGCCUUCUGCUUCUUACCACUUCCUAUAAAUACCAAUCUUCCCAUACAUGUUAAUGCAUAUUUUGAAUUAUCAUCAAACCGAAGGGAUAUAUGGUUUGGAACUGACAUGGCAGGGGGUGGUAAGAAGCGGUCGGAAUGGAAUUUGCAUCUCCUUGAAGAUGUUGUUGCCCCAGCUUAUGGUCACUUACUUGAAAAUAUUGCAAUAGAAAUUGGCCCUUGUGAUUUGUACUUUUCAUUCUGGCCAGCAAAAGGGGGAGUUGAACCUUGGGGAUUACUGGUUAGACGCUUUUAUGAGUUCAUUUCUGAUUUUGGACUCCGAGUAUUAUAUACAAGAGCUAGAGGAGGUAGGUGGAUCACAACAAAGGAAGCCAUUUUUCCUGAUCAUUCCUUUGAUAAAGCACGUGAACUUGUUGAUGUGUUGUCUGAUGCUGAUUUGCCUGUGGUUACAAUGCCAAAGGUACUGGUGGAGAAAUUUAUGGAGACUCGUUCAUCUUUACAUUUCCUCACACCUCAAAUGCUUCGUACACUUUUAAUUAGAAGUAGACGUGAGUUCAGGGAUAGAAAUGCGAUGGUUUUGGCCCUUGAAUACUGCUUGCAAGAUUUAGCUCAUUCUGAUCGAUUUGAAAGUUUCUAUGGUUUACCACUAGUACCCCUUUCAGACGGUACUUUUACCAAAUUAGAGAAGAGAGGACUAAGUGAACGUAUUUUUGUUGCACAAGGUGAUGGGUACAAUCUUCUGAAUGGUUCAAUUCCCAAUCAGCUUCUGGACUCCAACAUUCCUGAUUUCCUUUAUAGGAAGUUCUGUAGCAUAGCAGAAAGUGAGAAUUUCAAUAUUUGCUUACUGACGUGUGAGUUGCUGGAGAAACUUUUCCUCAGAUUACUUCCUGUAGAUUGGCAGCAUGCCAGACAAGUAAAUUGGACGCCAGGAUCUCAAGGUCAUCCCAGCAUGCAAUGGGUAGGUUAUUUAUGGAGCUAUUUGAAGCUUUAUUGUGAUGAUCUCUCUUUGUUUUCGAAGUGGCCCAUCUUGCCUGUAGAAAACAAUCAUCUCUUGCAGCUAGUGAAAAACUCAAAUGUGAUCAAAGAUGGUGGGUGGAGUGAGAACAUAUUUGCUUUGCUGAACAGAGUUGGUUGCUUGAUAUUGAGACAAGACCUCCCGAUAGAACAUGCUGAGCUGAAACAUUAUGUGCAAUCUCCAACUGCCACUGGCAUCUUGAAUGCCUUGCUAGCAGUCGUUGGUGACCCGAAUAAUGUUGAGGACCUAUUUAAUGGUGCAUCAGAGGGGGAAAUGCAUGAAUUGAGGGGUUACAUUCUUCAGUCAAAGUGGUUCACUGAAGGCCUAAUGGAUGACACACAUUUCAGUAUCAUAAAAAAUAUUCCUAUGUUUGAAUCUUACAAGAACAGAAAGUUUGUAUCCCUUAACAAGUCUCUGGGAUGGCUUAUACCAGAAGGUGUUCAAGAGUAUCUUUUGGAUGAUGGCUUUGUGAGGAUGGAUUCUGAAAAAGAAAAGAUUAUUUUGAAAAAGUAUUUGGAAAUCAGAGAGCCUUCAAGGAUGGAGUUCUAUAAAGAUUAUGUAUUCAGUCGCUUGGCUGAGUUUGUGCACCAUGGUUAUCUCCCAGCCAUCGUACAUGAUAUUAGAUAUAUGAUUGAGGGGGAUAGUUCCUUGCAAGAAGUUCUUUCCAAAUUACCCUUUGUUCUGGCAUAUGAUGGAUCUUGGAAAGAGCCAUUCAGGCUAUAUGAUCCUCGUGUUCCACAGCUGAAGCUAUUGCUGCACAGCAGGGCCUUCUUCCCUUCUGACAAGUUUUCUGACCCCGAAACUCUGGAUACUCUUGUAAGACUUGGGCUCAGGCAAAGCUUAUGCUUUACUGGUAUGCUCGACUGUGCCAAGUCAAUUUCCUUGUUGGAGAAUUCAGGAGAUCCAGAAACAACAAUUUUUGCUUCGAGGCUUCUUAGUUGUUUAAAUGUUCUGGCUCAGAGAUUUUCGUAUGCGGAUAAUGAGAGCACCUUUGAUGAAGGUGAAACAAUUGCAGAAACUCAAGCCAUCAGUUUCUCUGGCGGUGAGGAAGACAGAUCUUUGCCAGAUGACGGUGAUAAUAUUGUUAGAGAUGAAAAAAGCAUUAGUUCAUUCCUUGACAACUUGAAUGAGGACAUGCCCCGAAUGGAAUUUUGGUCAGUACUUGAGUCAAUAAGUUGGUGUCCGGUACUUGGUGAGCCGCCUGUUCAAGGACUUCCAUGGUUUGCUCUUGACCAGAAAAUAGGACCUCCAACUGCUGUAAGGCCAAAAUCCCAGAUGUGGUUGGCGUCAUCUAAGAAGUUUAUUAUUGACGGUGAAUGUUCAAGUUAUCUACAAGAUAAACUUGGCUGGAUGGACCAAUUAGAUGCAGACACUUUGUCCACCCAAUUAGUUGAGUUAUCCAAGUCUUUUACUGUGAUGAAGUCCCAUCCAAGUGUUGAAUCUAAUUUUGGUGCAGAACUGCAGAGGCAUGUACCUUCAAUUUAUUCGCAAUUGCAAGUUUAUGUUGGCACUGCUGAACUUAGUCACGUUAAGUCCAUCUUGGAUGGAAUUUGCUGGGUGUGGACUGGGGAGGAUUUUAUAUCUGCAGCUUCACUAGCAUUUGAUGCCCCUGUGAAGUAUAGUCCAUACAUGCAUGUUGUACCAACAGAGUUAUCCGAGUAUAGGGAUUUGCUUUUGGCUUUAGGUGUUAGAGAGAGUUUUGAUGUGUUUGACUAUUUUAAUGUUCUGAAAAGGUUGAAAAGUGAUGUGAAAGGUGUUCCUCUUGCAGCUGAUCAACUGAAAUUUGUCCAAUGUGUUCUUGAAGCUAUAGCUGAUUGUUAUAUGGAUGACAUUCAAAUGACGGCAUCUAAUGAUCUGUUUAUUCCAGAUUCUUCUGGUGUCCUGGUAUGUGCGGGGGAUCUUGUGUAUAAUGAUGCUCCUUGGUUGGAAAGUACCAAUCUUGGUGGGAAGCGUCUUGUACAUCCAUGCGUCAGCCAUGAUUUGGCUUGCAAAUUAGGCAUUCUAUCACUUCGCUCUGUUCCAUUAGUUGGUGAAGACAUGACCCAAGAUUUAUCCUGCAUGGAUUAUGCUAGAAUUUGUGAGCUAAUAGAGUUGUACGGGAGUAAUGAUUUUCUUCUUUUUGACCUUCUUGAGAUGGCCGAUUGCUGCAAAGCUAAAAAACUUCACUUGAUCUUUGAUAAGAGAGACCAUCCGCGUCUUUCUCUGCUUCAGCACAACUUAGGUGAAUUUCAAGGGCCUGCUCUUUUAGCAAUUUUAGAGGGAGCCAGCUUAAGCAGAGAUGAAGUGGCUGGCCUUCAAUUUCUUCCGCCAUGGAGUCUGCGCGGCAGUACUCUUAACUACGGCUUGGGAUUGCUUAGCUGUUUUUCAAUAAGUGAUCUUCCAUUUGUUGUCUCUGAUGGCUUCUUGUACUUGUUUGAUCCUCGAGGCUUAGCCCUUGCUGUGCCUUCAAAUCGCGCACCUGCUGCAAAAGUUAUCUCUCUUAAAGGCACCAACUUGACUGAGAGAUUUCGAGAUCAAUUUAGUCCUUUAAUGGUUGGACAAACGAUGCCAUGGUCCAUGUCAGAUUCUACAGUAAUACGCUUGCCUCUUUCAUCAGAAUAUAUGGUGGAUGGAGUUGAAUAUGCUUCAAAGAAGAUUUCACUGCUAUUUAACAAGUUUAUGGAGCAUGCUUCCCGAACUAUCCUAUCUUUGAACUCCAUAAUGCAGGUAAAAUUGUCAACUUGGGAGGAAGGCAGCUUGGAACCAUGUGAAGAGUUUUCAGUCAACCUAAAUCCUUCCUGUGCUAUUCUUAGAAAUCCUUUCUCACAGAAAAAGUGGAAGAAAUUUCAAUUUUCAAGCUUAUUUGGCAGCUCGAAUGCAGCUAUACGGUUAGAAGUUAUGGAUUUGACCCUGAACAUUAAAGGAACAAGUAUUACAGAUCGAUGGCUUGUCGCACUAAGCCUUGGAUCUGGGCAAACAAGGAAUAUGGCACUUGAUAGGCGGUAUAUGGCAUACAACUUAACACCUGUUGCUGGAGUUGCUGCACACAUCUCACGAGAUGGUCAUCCUGCUUUAGCUGGCUCUUCGAGCUGUAUCAUGUCUCCUCUUCCUCUUUCCAGUUCGAUAAAUAUACCCAUCACAAUACUUGGAUAUUUUUUGGUGCGUCACAAUCAGGGUCGCUACCUUUUCAAGUAUCAAGAAUCUAAAGCUUCUGAAACAACUCAUUCUGAUGCUGGAAGUCGGCUUAUGGAAGCUUGGAAUAGGGAACUGAUGUCAUGUGUCCGCGAUUCUUAUCUCAGGUUGGUCCUAGAAAUGCAGAAGUUAAGGAGAGAACCUUCCUCUUCAAUUCUAAACUCAACUUCAGUCCAGGAAGUUACUCGUAUUUUGAAUGCUUUUGGGGAUCAAAUUUAUUCAUUCUGGCCAAAGUCCACUACACUUUUUCAUACUUUCCAGGGUGAAAGUGAUUCAACUUCUAUUAGAUUUCCUAAAGCGGAUUGGGAAUGCUUGGUUGAACAAGUAAUAAAACCAUUCUAUGCUCGACUUGUUGAUCUUCCUGUAUGGCAACUUUAUUCUGGAAAUCUUGUGAAGGCAGAAGAGGGCAUGUUUCUUUCCCAGCCUGGAAAUGGAGUUGGUGAUAGCUUGGUUCCAGCCACUGUAUGUGCAUUUGUUAAAGAACAUUAUCCAGUUUUUUCAGUUCCUUGGGAAUUGGUGACUGAAAUUCGGGCAGUGGGUGUUGCAGUUCGAGAAAUCAGGCCAAAGAUGGUGAGAGAUCAUCUGCGUGCUCCAUCAAUAUCUAUUCGUCUGAACUCAAUUGAUACUCUAAUUGAUGUCCUAGAUUAUUGCUUGUCCGAUAUCCAGCAUGAUGGUUCACCAGCUACUCCAGAGGGGGAGGAUAAUAGAUCUCUUUCUAAAUUGAAACCAAUUGUGCAGGAUCUUCAUAGAACCUCUUCUUCAAACGCCAGCAGCUCAGGCGGAGAUGCCCUCGACAUGAUGUCAAGUCUAGGGAAGGCAAUCUUUGAUUUUGGCCGUGUAGUAGUUGAGGAUAUUGGUAGGACUGGCGGUCCCUUGCCUGAAAGGAACCGAAUUAUGGGUGGUCUUAACUUCCAUGUUCCUGAUGAUGAAGAACUCAAGCUUCGUUCCAUUGCUGCUGAACUGAGAGGCUUGCCCUGUCCAACUGCUACUGGCAAUUUAGUUAGGUUAGGUGCUGCUGAAGUUUGGAUUGGAAAUAAGGAUCAACAACAACUAAUGAGUACGUUGUCUGCUAAAUUUAUCCAUGUUAAAGUAUUAGAUAGAUCAAACCUGCAGAGUAUUUUUUCCAAUCCUGCUCUUCACUCAUUCUUAAAGUUGCAAAAUUUUUCUUUUUCCCUGUUGGCAAGAAAUAUGCGGUAUCUAUUUAAUGAAAAUUGGGUGAAUCAUGUAAUUGGCUCAACCAUGGCUCCCUGGUUUUCCUGGGACAACACAGCAAGAUCUAGUGGUGAGUGGGGCCCCUCUCCUGAAUGGAUUAGGUUAUUCUGGAAAAAUUUUGGUGGUUCACCAGAAGAUUAUACUCUUUUCUCUGACUGGCCCCUCAUUCCUGCUUUUCUUGGUCGAUCAGUCCUUUGUCGUGUAAGAGAGCGCCAUCUUAUCUUUGUUCCACCAUUGAUCUCUGAUGCAAACUCUUCCAUUGCCAUGGAGGAAAUGGGGAUAUCAGAAAGUAAUGUGUCUGAGGGAUGCCCAGAAGCUGACCUGGUUAAGCAGCAUGCCUUGGCUUUUGAAAUUCUGGCAAAAAAAUAUCCCUGGUUAUCCUCAUUGCUGAACCAGUGCAACAUUCCUGUAUUUGAUGCAACUUUCAUAGAUUGCGCUCCUGUGUGUGAUUGUUUACCCAGAGCAGGCCAAUCUCUGGGUAGAGUUGUUGCAUCCAAACUUGUUGCAGCUAAACAGUCCAGCUACUUUCCUGAAAUUACUUCAUUUCGCGCUUCUGACUGUGAAGACCUUUUUACUUUAUUUGCUUCCGAAUUCAUCUCUAAUGGAUCAGACUAUGAAAGGCAGGAGCUUGAAGUUUUACGUGAGCUACCAAUAUACAAGACUGCUGCAGGCACGUAUACUAGAUUGCUUAAUCAAGAGUUGUGCAUGAUUUCUUCAAAUACAUUUCUGAAGCCUCAUGAUGAGCGGUGCCUUUUCCAUACCACAGAUUCAGUUGAGAGUGGUUUACUGAGAGCUCUUGAAGUGCCUGAGCUUCAAGAUCAACAAAUAUUUGUCAAAUUUGGAUUACCAGGCUUUCAAGGGAAACCUCAAUCUGAACAGGAGGAUAUAUUAAUCUACCUGUAUAUGAAUUGGCAUGAUCUCCAACAAGAUUCUUCUGUCAUUGAAGCACUAAAGGAAACAAAUUUUGUUAAAACAGCUGAUGAACUUUCUGUGGAAGUGUAUAAACCAAAAGAACUUUUUGAUCCUAGUGAUGCCUUACUCACAUCUGUUUUUUCUGGGGUGAGACACAAAUUCCCAGGGGAAAGAUUUAUUUCUGAUGGAUGGCUUCGCAUAUUGCGGAAACUGGGACUUCGAACUUCAACUGAAGCUGAUAUAAUUCUUGAAUGUGCACGAAGAGUGGAGUUUCUUGGAGGUGAAUGCAUGAAUAGGACAGGAGCUGCUGAUGACCUUGAGAUGCAUGAUUCAAGUGGACAAAAUGAAGUUUCUUUUGAAAUUUGGUUGAUGGCUGAAAGUUUAGUGAAAGCUAUAAUUUCAAAUUUUGCGGUCCUUUAUAGCAACAACUUCUGUAAUGCCCUCGGUAGGAUUGCUUGUAUCCCUGCUGAAAAGGGAUUCCCAAACAUUGGUGGAAAGAGAAGUGGGAAAAGAGUGCUUUGUUCUUAUGGUGAAGCAAUUUUAUUGAAAGAUUGGCCGCUUGGUUGGAGUAGUGCUCCCAUUCUUUCAAGGCAGAGUGUUAUUCCUCCGGAAUACUCUUGGGGAGCACUCAAUUUGAGAAGCCCUCCCCUUUUCCCCACAGUUUUGAGGCACCUCCAGUUUAUUGGAAGGAAUCAUGGUGAAGACACUCUUGCCCAUUGGCCAGCUGCAUCUGGUGGAAAGACCAUUGAUGAAGCUUCUUUUGAGGUUUUGACAUAUUUGGAGAAGAUCUGGGGUUCCUUGUCCGCUUCAGACAUUUCUGAAUUGAAAGAAGUAGCAUUCAUGCCAGCUGCAAAUGGCACGCGCUUGGUUACUGCAAAAGCACUUUUUGCGCGGCUAACAAUUAAUCUUUCCCCGUUCGCAUUUGAACUUCCUGCUCGAUGUCUUCCAUUUGUUAAUAUUUUGAAGGAUUUGGGUCUUCAGGAAGUUUUCUCUGUAGCUUCUGCAAAAGAUCUUAUCGCAAAUCUGCAGAAGGCUUGUGGUUAUCAACGGUUAAAUCCAAAUGAAUUCCGAGCUGUGAUGGAAAUUUUGAAUUUUAUUUGUGAUGAAGCGGUCAUGUCAGACCGAAGUAAUUGGGAAUCUGUGGCAAUUGUCCCAGAUGAUGGCUGUAGACUCGUUCAUGCAAAUUCAUGUGUAUACAUUGAUUCAUAUGGUUCUCGAUAUCUCAAAUAUAUUGACAUUUCCAGGAUAAGAUUUGUUCACAGCGAUGUCCCUGAAAGAAUAUGUGAGGCCUUAUCCAUAAAAAAACUCUCAGAUGUGGUUGUUGAGGAACUUGAUUCUGGGGAACAGCUUAUGAGGUUGCAAUGUAUUAGAUCAACACAACUAGCUGCAGUUCAAAGGAAAUUAUUGAACAAAUCAUUUCAAGCUGCAGUGUGGAGCAUUAUCUGUGGCACUGCAAGUGAAGUUCCUGGAUUCAGUCCUGUAAUUGAAAAUGUACAGAAGACCCUUGAAGUAGUUGCACAAAAUAUAUGUUUUGUUGAAUGCUUAUACACUCGUUUUUUGCUGCAACCGAGAUCCAUAGAUAUUACUUGUGUUACUGAGGACGUAAUGGUUCCAGAGUGGGAGGGAAGUUCACGUCAUCGAGCUCUUUAUUUUGUUGACAAAUCAAAAACUACUGUCUACAUAGCUGAACCACCAACUUAUUUCUCACUUCCUGAUAUCAUUGGGAUCGCUGUUAGCCAGGUAUUGGAUUCCCCCAUUGCACUGCCUAUUGGAAGUCUAUUCUUAUGUCCUGAGGGAUCAGAGGUUACCUCGAUAUCUGCUUUGAAACUUAGCUCUCAAAAGAAACCAACUGCACUGGGGGGUGGAAUACAUGAACUGUUUGGUAAGGAUUUAUUGCCCCAAGAUGCUCUUCAAGUGCAAUUUCUCCCGUUAAGACCAUUCUAUAAGGGAGAAAUCGUGGCCUGGAGAUCUCAAAAUGGAGAAAAGUUGAAAUAUGGCAGGGUUGCUGAGGAUGCCAAACCAUCAGCGGACCAAGCACUUUAUAAACUCAAGGUGGAAAUAUUACUAGGGAUUACCGAAACGCUUCUUUGUUCACAUGUUUUCUCUUUCAGAAGUGUGUCUGUCAACAGUGAGUCUCCUGCAGAAACAAUUCUGGAGGAUGAACGAACAGAAACUGAAACAGGGACAUCUGAAAUGACUGGGGGAGCCAUUUCAAGGCCUCACUCGCAAUCGGUUCUAGAUCUCCAGCAUGGCCGGGUCUCAGCUGCCGAAGUUGUCCAAGCUGUUCAUGAGUUGCUUUCUGCAGUUGGCAUUAAUAUGGAUGUCGAGAAACAGUCGCUCCUUCAGACAACAUUGACUUUGCAAGAACAAUUGAAGGAAUCCCAAGUGGCACUUUUGCUCGAGCAGGAGAAGUCCGAAAUGGCUGCCAAAGAAGCUGAUACAGCAAAAGCAGCCUGGUCAUGCAGGGUGUGCUUAAGCAAUGAAGUGGAUGUGACUUUGGUUCCUUGUGGUCACGUACUGUGCCGAAGAUGUUCAUCCGCGGUUUCAAGGUGUCCUUUCUGUCGAAUGCAGGUCUCCAAAGCUGUCAGAAUUUUCCGACCUUGA